UAUAUACAUGAAUAUGAUUAAAAAGUUUCCAAUUUAAUGUCAUGCUUCUUGAUAUUUAGUGUGGUCGCCCGGCCACUGUGGGGAAUUGUAGGGACUGUGGCGCUGCUAUUGGGGGUGAAGGAUAUCAACUCCGCCCAGGAAAUAUCCUCGACCAAGGGAGGGACAAUACACUUACUGGACAUAUACUUGGUCGGGCUCAGGUCAGAGGUCAAGGUCCUAAACCAGAAAGAACAUUGACCCCAGCUUACACUGCCACUAUAAGGCUUAUUCUACACAUGUCCAUGUUUAUUGGUGUAGGAACAAAUCCACAGGCUGUGCAGUUUUUGAUAAAACCAGACAUUGAUAUAAAUGGAGUGGAGGAGUUUUUAUGGGGACAUAUACAACAAGAUAUAGAUGAUAUACAUAGAGCACUUGGUAGAAGUGUUGAUGAUGUUCUUUUACUCAUGCAUACAAUUAUAGACCAUGUUAUGAAGAUACAUAAUGAAGGGGAAAAUGUAGGUGGUGAAGUAUGUCAGUUAUCGACCAAAAGAGGAAGAAGUCAGUGGGAAACAAUAUUUUCUACUAAAUUUAUAAAGACUUCAUUGCAGAAUAUUGAAAACUCUUUGAAAACCAAUAACCAACAUCUGGUUCAGGAUCAUAGACUUGGAGCAGACCCUCUACUCUGUCUACUGUAUGAGACAGACACCAAUGUUGAGAGAGAGAAUCCAUCUGUUCUUGAAGACAUUCCAAGAGUCUGGCGUUAUAGAACACCUAUAUCUCUACAACAUCUUAGACAAGAAGUUGAAGCUAAAGUAUCUCAACAGCAACAUAAAGUUCUACAACUUUUCCUUAAAGAGGAUCAUCAUUUGAGAGCUCUACGUUACAUUCCCAGUAUUCUACGUCUACAUCGAGCUCUGUUCCAGAAAUAUCAGAGAAAGUUAGACAAAGCUGAGGCGUCACAAAUAACUGUUGCUCAAUUGAAAAGGGAGGAGAUAGCAGGUGGUGAAACUUUGGAUUUAUUGCAAGAUUUUGCUGAUGCUUGGGACUUGGUUAGAGAAUCAUUGACUCUUUACUUGUGUCCAACAGAAUUAGGUGGUAUGAUAAUUUCCAAGGAAUACUGUAGUAAACCAAUCACAGACAAUACACCAGUAUCUAUCCUAUUGCCAACAAUAAAAGAGGCAGGACUUUGUUCAUAUGUCCUGUUAGACUUUUUGAUGAGAAAACAAAAUGAUUUCUUAGAUAAAUAUCUCAAGGAAGCUCAUAGGAAAUCUGGCAGCAUAUCCAGUGUAAACCCCAAAGAGGUGACAUCAGCACAUCUAAUCGGCUACGACCCCCAGCACGACAUUUUACCUUUAGUGCUUGCUAACUGCCAGUAUUCAUUUGAGAUGGGUAAAGGGACAAAGAUAGAGUAUGACUUUGCUGCCUUAGAGAGACAAUUGAUGGACAGAUUCUUGUUUUCCAAGUCAAGAAUUGAAGUUGGAAGAGUGUUGAUGAUUGACCAGAUGGUGUACAGAACUGAGUUCACUGAUGCUGAAGUCUUCAGAAAACUGUCUGAGAAAAUACCUCAGGAAAAUUUUAGUGCAGCAGUUAAGACUCAGAUAUGUGCUGAGAUAAAGACGCUACCAGAUAUUUGUACAUCACUGGACAAUCUAGACAUUACAAUAAGUUUUCUCAAGACUACAGGAGGUCAACCGGAGAAAACUUUACAUGAAUUCAUGGGGAACACACUUCAAAUGAAAACCACAAUACAUAGUCAAAAGGCCCAGCAGGCAUGUGAGUUGAGACAUGCACAGUCACUAUGGUUACUGCUGUCACUACAGAAAUCAAAGAAGAUGAUUGGGAAUAAUCAACACACAGAGUCAACAUUUGAAAGUGUGUUAAAAGAGUUCCACGAGGAAUUGCCAGAUGAGAUAAUGACAGAAUACAGGGAUUAUAUGAAGAAAUUGUCAAUAGAAAAACUAAACCAGCUUGCAGAAAUACUUCAUGAGUAUAUUCUGUUAGUUGUUGCUGUCAGACAAAACCCGGAGGACGAGGAUUUUAUUGAUACAACCAAUCACAAACUUGGAGAAUGGCUGUAUGGAUAUGUAGACAGCAUGGACAAUCCUCUGUUAGAUUUGGCAGUACUAGAAGACUUCCCAAAAGACAUUCUAUAUAAGUACAGUGUUCAUACAUGGGUGUGUACAUACGUUAUGUUGAGAGAAAAACAGACUGGAAACUAUAGAAGAUAUUGAGAGAUAUUCUCAUUGUAAAUGUGAGGACUGGCAAAAACAUACAAGACCAAAUGUUCAAAACUGUGAUGGGUGUGUGAAAUAUUUUAAAAGAAAAGGGAUGUUGGAUAGUGAUAAUGUUAAAGCAGACAAUCAUAAUACGUAUGCUUGUAUUCUUUGUUUUUGCGUGUUACACAAAAACAUAUGGCCUUAUAAUAGUUGUGAUAAACUGUUCAGUGGAAGGAAGUAUUUUCAUUGUCAAAUUAUUACUAGACUUGAAAAUUUUUAUAAGUAUAAAAAUGUGAAGGUUGCGAGCAUGAGAAACAUGGAAACUGUGAUGGUCAUAAAAACAAUGAAACACAAGUGAUAAUAAUAAAAUUGUGUGAUAUUUUUGUUGAAUCGAGUUAUAAUUAUAUCAUGUAUUAUUGUGUUGUUAUUUUUGAUUUGUUAUUGAUACUUGAUACUACAUUAAAUAAAUAAUGUUUCUGUUUAUUAUAUCAAACUGUUUUGGAUUGGUGUUCAUUUAUGUUUAAGUUUAGUACAGAAAAAAAUGUUAAUUUUCUUUUAUAUGUUCUUGUGUAUUACAAAAAGAAAGUGUUAAUUGAAAUAUUGUUUUUGAUUGGCACUUGAUGAAAAAUGGCAUAAUACAUGCAUGUGUUGUAUUUUGUUUGGUAUUGUCAUAUAUGUAGAGAUUAAAUACGUUGGCCGUUUGUUUUAAAGUAUCAUGACAUAAUUUUAAUGAAAUCAUUGGGGGAAAGGUGGUAUGGGAACAUGGUCAUUUGUGAAAUGUAAUAAAAUUUCUGUUCUGGAGUUUAUUGAACAUUAUUUCUAAAUUGUCUGCCAGCUACAGCACUUGCAUAAGAAUUAGUGAAAUUGUUUUAGUUUGUCUUUUGGCUGGCGGAUUCAAUAUUGCUCUUUUUCUCUAAGUAGAUAUUUUAAUGGCAUUCUAUUUGUUUAAGAAUAUUUAAUAGUAUACCAAUCUUGAUUUUUGUACCAAGCAUAAAAUAAUAUUUAUAGUCUUACAACUGUUAAUAAUGUGAAGAAAACUUUGUUACAACAGGAGUUUUGUAUUUAGAACAUUGUUUUAAUGAUAGCAAUUUAGGACUGUUUAGGCAUGUGUGUUAUAAUUGAAUAUAACUGAUAUAAAGAUUCUAUUUAACAGGUAAAUUAAUGCUUCAAUAAUGUUGAUCUUCGUUUACAAAUAAAUAAGCUUACAAAAAUU